UUCCGUUUACGCGUCAAACUGGGACCGGAGGACAUGAACGGGACCUACCAACCGAGGGCUGCCGCGCUGCAGCAGCAGCGCUUGCAGCAGUCACAACAGCAAGGCGGCGGAAACGACGAGCUGCGAGGCCCCAAGUGCGCCCGCUGCCGAAACCACGGCUUCCGCAUCCGCGUGCGAGGUCACAAGCGCCAGUGCCGCUUCAAGGACUGCGUGUGCCCCAAGUGCAAGCUGAUCGCCGAGCGCCAGCGCGUGAUGGCGGCCCAAGUGGCGCUGCGCCGGUCGCUGGCCCAGGACGAGGCCCUGGGCCUGGUGCCGACCAUCGCGAUGCCGCAUGGAGUCGCGCUGCACGACGCCGGCGGUGACUCGGCUGAUGCCGCGGCCAAUGCCGCCACUCAGGGGCCUCCCUCGUCGUGGGCACAACAACAGCGUCGGCUGGACGCUUCUCCGCUCUCUGGGAACAACGCGGCCACUGCGGCAGCGGCGACAGCGCAGACAGCCGCUGCGGCCGCCGCUUUCAGGGCGGUCGCAGCCGCAGCAGCGGCUCCGGCACCCUCUGGGGGCCCCCUGGACCUGCAGAAGCUCGGCCUGAGCGAGGCAGCGCUGCUGUACGGAGGCCUGCCCUCUUCGUGGUUCCUGCAGAACCUGCCCUCGCCGGCGCUCAUGUACCAGGCUCUGGGCGGGCUGCCGUACCCGCCGUACCCGUACUACCACCACCCUCAGCCCGCGUACCCGUACCGCUCUUCGGCAGGCUGUUACCCUUACCCUGUGGCCAGCGGGUCUCCGCCCGUGGGAGCCACGUCGUCGGGACCAGCGGGAACCGGCGGUGCGGCCGCCACAGGAGGAGCUGCCGCCGUGGCCGCUGCUGCUGCAGCCGUCUACGCGCCACACCUUCUGGCCGCCCAGGCAGCGACAUCCAUGAGUUCUGGCUGCCCCUCGUCGCGUAGUCCCGAGCUGGCGGCCGACCUUGCAGCGGCAGGACCCCUAUUCGGCGGCGUGUUCCGUCCCGUGGCCCUCUUGACCACAAGGACAGGAGGACCGCAGCCACCUCUGUCGGCGACGCCUCCCAACGACGAGUCGAGCGACCUGUCGGAGAGCGAGCGGCCGCGCAGCGCCAAGGAGUCUCUGGCGUUCUCCGCGGAGGCCGCCCUCACCACGCCGCUCAGCUUCGCCAGGGUCAAGGAUAAGACAGGAAACCGUGCCGCCCUUGGCGUUCGGCGCGACCUCACGGUUGGCGAGGGCCGAGGGGGCGCCGCAGAGGGCCCCGGUAAAUCAUGCCCGCAACACAGGCUCGCCUCUCCGCCGGCGUGGUUGCCCCGCCAGUGGAAUUACGGCACGCCGCCCGCCGUCUCGACGGCGCUCUUUGAUGUGGCCGGCGGCACACACCGCGAACACAUAGGUUCUAUAGACCGAUCCCCCUUCGACUUCUGA